UUUUUCUUUCUUUUUCCUUUCUUUCUCUCUCUCCUUUGGUUCCCCCCCUUCUCUCCUAGGGACUACACAAUGGCAGUCCUCUCUCACUGAGAUGAAUCCUGCUUCGCCUUCUGCAGACCCACCCAUCCUCAUAGCGAUCAAGUGAAGGCUAUGGUUUUCUCUUUGGCGAUCUUUUGUGCAUUACUGUUCUCCCUGAUUAGUUCUGAGCUCAGUUGGGAUUUCUUUGCUUUUUUGUUUGGCUUCAUGCUGAAAAAGGACUUUUCCCCCAACCCUUUGGUAAUAACCCAGUGGUGAUCCGGAGAGAUAAAUCAUUCAUCCUGGCCGAAAAAAAACAAUCACUGAGAAGUCUCAAAGAAAUAUACCACGUGAGGGGAAAAAACUGGGAGAAGAUUCGGAAUAUUAUCGUGUUUCCUAUGGUAAAACCGGUGCCCCUCUUCAGAAGAACUGAUUUCAAAUUAUUAUUAUGCAACCACAAGGAUCUCUUCUUUCUCAGGGUGUCUAAGCUGCUGGAUUGCUUUUCGCCCAAAUCAAUGUGGUUUCUUUGGAACAUUUUCAGCAAAGGAACGCAUAUGCUGCAGUGUCUUUGUGGCAAGAGUCUUAAGAAAAACAAGAACCCAACUGAUCCCCAGCUCAAGGGUAUAGUGACCAGGUUAUAUUGCAGGCAAGGCUACUACUUGCAAAUGCACCCCGAUGGAGCUCUCGAUGGAACCAAGGAUGACAGCACUAAUUCUACACUGUUCAACCUCAUACCAGUGGGACUGCGCGUUGUUGCCAUCCAGGGAGUGAAGACAGGGUUGUACAUAGCCAUGAAUGGAGAAGGUUAUCUCUACCCAUCAGAACUUUUUACCCCUGAAUGCAAGUUUAAAGAAUCUGUUUUUGAAAAUUAUUAUGUAAUCUACUCGUCCAUGCUGUACAGACAACAAGAAUCUGGUAGAGCCUGGUUUUUGGGUUUGAAUAAAGAAGGGCAAGUUAUGAAAGGAAACAGAGUAAAGAAAACGAAACCAGCAGCUCAUUUUCUACCCAAGCCAUUGGAAGUUGCCAUGUACCGAGAACCGUCUUUGCAUGACGUUGGAGAAACGGUCCCGAAAGCUGGGGUGACGCCAAGUAAAAGCACAAGUGCGUCUGCAAUAAUGAAUGGAGGCAAACCAGUCAACAAAAGUAAGACGACAUAGCCAGAUCCUCACAGGUGUUGUGACUUACUGGUCCCGAGCACAGCUGAGCGAUGUAUCCUUGCCAGACAUUUCUGCUCCCGUGGCUGAGGAGCAGCUGGAAGUAAGCGGAUGCUUGCUCUCUGCUGUCUCGAACUUCUUGGUUGCAAGAGGAUCAAUCUCAACCUGUUGCGCCUCCCACAACAAGAAGACACCUGGACAACCAGCUAAACUCAGACCAUGGAAUGCCCUACCAGAUAUGGAAUGCCUUUUUAAUAUCUUUUCUGUGACUGUGACACUUCAUGUGAAUGACAUACUUCACAAGUACACUCAAUACCUUGCCUGCUGACAGCUACCCAUAAUCCUUUUUGAGUCCUGUUUCAGCAACAUCCAUGUGUUUAAGUUCACUUUUGUAGCACACAAAUACGAUUGAGUAAUUUCUAGGUAGAAGCUGUAAACCUGUGCUAUUAUGGAUUUCUCUCCUUCCCGUUUUUACAGGGCUGCUCGCUCCACUGUCCGUGACCUUUUGCAGGGACUGUGCUCCUCCAAAUCUUACAUGUUGCAGUUGGCUUAGUUCGGAGAGCGAUCAGGGAAUCAGGAAGCCUUCUAAACCUAUUAUUACAAAACGCAUCAUAAAGAUUAAGAGUGUUGUCUCUGGCUCACACUAUCAAUUAAACACACAUAUACGCUCCGUUCAGUGGCAGGUACUGUGCUCCUGAGGUCGGCGUUGCCGGGGUGAGAAGUGGGUCAAACACAGUCCGUGGGAAGUUCUCUCCGAUAUGUGUUUGACACCCCCCUCUAGUUUCUUUGUGUGUGUGUGUGUGUGUGUGUUUUAUACAUAUCACAAGCUUACUGGUAAUGGUAACAUUUGCCUUGCCCAGCGAGCAAGACCCACUGGUUUUUGAGAAAGUGGGUCCAAAGAACUCUGUAGGCCUUGUAGGCCUGAUUAAGGUUCAUUUUUUUUUUCAUCUACUAAUCCUCAUUAUUUGGAAAAAGAGAAAAAAAAACCCACAACAAUUACAACCUACAAGAGUGCGCUACCUAAAUCCAUUUCAGAUAUAAUCCUUCCUAUUUUUAAUGAACCGAACUUAUUGCCAUCCCGGGUUUUGGCUGCAUUCCACUCAUACUCAGCAGAGCAUGGGCAAGGCGGCUGUUGUGUUCUUUUCUGAAGCAGCAAAGCAAACCUUAGUUAUAACUUAGACUUUAAUAUUUUUGGUGUUUAAUGACAAGUUUUUAAACUGGACACAUUAGGAAAUAAUAUUUUUUUUAGCUCAGCAUGCUGAGUCAGGUACUGUGUAUUUCACCAGUCCAUACCUCCAACUCCACUUCUUGGGGCCCCAGUUGCCCAAGGGCCGGGAGGGAGGUGCCUUGCCACGAUCUCAGAAUGCAGUCUGUUGAAUUGUUCUAGAUCACACUAAAGGCAAACCAACACGUUCAAACAUCAGGUUUUCGGUCCGUUCAACCAAUUUGCUUUUGUUUUAUUCGCUUUCUUAAUUUCCUUUUAAGUAACUCUGAGCUUAGGGAAGACAACUACCAAGAAAGGCCGCGAAUAUUGACUACACAGUGAAGAAACUACGCAAAAUGUUCAAUAUUGGAUAUAAAGAGUUUCAAAAUGUUUAAUACUAAACUGUUUGGAAAUAUAUUUGUUAACUCUGUGUAUAGUUAAUAAAAUUCAAUGUUUUGUUCUUGGAAGAGUUAAUUGAGACCAAACUGAACCUCAUUUAUAGAAAACUAUAUGUGGGAUCAUUAUCCUGGCCUCUUGUUAUUAUUUCCAUGGGGGAGGAUGACCCAGUCGCCAUUUACCCACAUUUGCACUGUAUUUACUGGGAAAUUAUUUUGUCACUGCUUUUCUAAGUCUCCAUGACAGCCCUUGCCCAGCAUUUUAAAAUAUUGUCCUGCUUAGCUUAUUAAAGGUUUAGUAUAAAUUUAA